AUGUGCUUUCAAGGCUACGUCCACUGGCUCUGCGGCCACACGUCCCUCUUCGAGGAAUCUUGCCCCGAAGCCCUCCUCCUCGACCUUCCCUUCCACCUCAAGCUCGCUUGUCCCGCGUACCAAAUUAUCUCCCGCUCCCAACAACAAUACUGCGGAACAGGAUCAUUCUACUGCUCCCAAACACCCGACGGCAUCAAACUCGACCACAUCCACGGCGCGUUCAAUMCCUGCCGCGAGUCCAUCAAAGCGAUCAAGUCGCAGAUCUAUGGGGAACAGGGACUGAGGAAAUAUGGACAAGCGAUUGUGGAUUCUCUUCUGAGGAAUGGAUGCAAGAAGGAAGAUUGCCUGAAGGAUGAGAGAGUUGAGCGCAUCUACAAGGAAGUGGCGGGAUUGAGAGGGGAGUUGGAGGGUUUGCAAAUCAAGGAGAGAGAAUUCGAGGCGUCAAUCGAGAGGGCGAGGGUCUGGUUUGAGCAUAAGGCUGGGCAUGUGGGUCCGAAUCCGAAUGGAUUGCCUCCGGGGUUGUAUCCGCCUAGUUUGCAGGUGCAGCGGCCGACGAGACGAUUGGCCGACCUCGGCGGUAACAGCGGAAGGGUGAGGGGAGUGAGCAUGCCUGUGGCAGCAUUCCAAGCUGGGAUGAUUCAGAAUGGGUAUCUCCAGGAAGCAGAGCAACCCAGUGAGCAGCGUUUGCCUGCAACCUCUUAUGGAUUCUUCCAGAUGGGACAGUAUCAAGUUGGAUCUGAUCAACUCGGGCUACAACAGACUGGACGACAACACCUUGGACCACAUCAGCCUGAAGUGUAUGACACGGGAAAUAACACUCCCCUGUCCGUCUAUCAAUCCAAGCCCGCCCCCAAGAGACGCCAAAAGGAACCUUCAACAGAUGAACCCUCUCCACCCAUUCGCCGAAGCUCAAGAGUUCGCAAAAAGAGAGUUACAUACGCGGAAUACGAAUCUGAUUCCUUCUCUCGAACUCCUUCACCAGAGAAGUCUGAUGCUGCGGAUCCAAACUUUUCACCUUCGAAAGAGGCAGCAGCAGUAACAGCUGGAAGACCGCACAUGGGACGGAGCAGUAGUCUUAUGGAAAAGAUUGGCGACUGGCAGAAACGUGAGAUGAGUAAGACUUUGAGGGAACCUCUUGGACAAGGUUUGCAAGAAUCCGUUGCCACUGGUCCCUUGGAUAGCUCAGGACAGAAGCAUAUGAAGACCGAAACAUGCUAUGCAGAUCUAUCGCAACAGAUCCGAGAUUGUGCUGCCUCCUCCCCCUAUCUCGACCCGAUACCGAAGGCGACGAAGUGA